AUGCCCGCUUUGGCCCAAGAUAAGGUAUUGGCGAGAGAUCUGAAGGCCAAGAAGACAAAGUCGAGAAACGGAUGUGGCCGCUGCAAGCUCAAGAGGCUCAAAUGUGACGAGACGGCCCCCGGGUGCCUCCAGUGCAAGAAGAGGAACGUUGCCUGUCCAGGCUACGAGAAGACGCUCAAGUGGUCGACCAAGUACGAGGUGUUUACGCCUCCCAACCAGUCCAAGUCGACUUCCCCUAGGUCAAGGUCAACUCCCAUCACCAUCACCACAACAACCACAUGCACUGGUGCCAAGUCACCACUCCCACAGAACGUCGCCAGCGGCAUCGAGGCCUUGGCUGCCGUGCUCCCUGCAGGCAGGAAGAACACGACUACUACUAUUGCACAGCAGAUCCCCACAGUACACACGUCAUCGGUCGUCCCGUCGCCACCACCCAGCUUCGAGGAGCCCGCAUGUCUCCAAGAGUCGUCGACCGAAGAUGGUGACUCUCCUCGAGAUUACGAGUCCUUCCCCGUCGAGGACGUCAACAAUGUCAAUCCCGUCAUGUUUGACGGCUUCGUCGACGCCAUCCAUCUGCCCAACGAAGAAUUCAACUUUGCUGCCUUUGAGCCGAUUGACUUCGACUCUGGCGCACUAGACAGUCUGGCGUUUGACAUGAACGACUUAUCAUCUUCAUCACAGAAACAAGAGGGAGCUGCAUCUUCCUCUAUGCCUUUGUUGGACCGGGACUCUACCCGCGAGUCUAGCCCUAGACUUUCGCGUUCACUGCUUCUUGAUUUGUACCGUCUUCCAAGUCCUUCCCCCAACCCGUCGUCAUCCGGCGAUGUCGAAUCUCUUCUUGUCCAACAUUACUUCAAGGACGUGUGUGCCGUUUUUUCUGCUUUCGAUUCUCCUCUAAACCCUUUCCGAACUACCAUCGGCCGCAUCUACAAGGACUCCCCUUCGAUCAACUACGCCAUCCAGUCUAUGGCGGCGGCCCACUUGGCUAAUACUUUUCCCAACAUGGCAGCUAUGGGGCUGGAGCUCCAGCGCAAGGCUCGUGAGGCGCUCGAGGCCGAGCUCCCCCUUGCUCACAGUGGUCAGACGAGCGCUACCAAGACCUUCUUGAGCAUCAUGCUGCUGGGUCUCACUACCUCGUGGCAUGACAGUAGCGCGCUUGGACUCGAGUAUCUCUCCACGGCAAGGGAUCUUAUUCUACCAAAGCUCUUCAGCCGGUCUGGCGGCGCAGAUGUGGAGCGCGAGGCACAGUUCUUCGAAGAGUCUCUGAUCCACUGGGAGAUGCUCAUGGGCUUCGUCACGGAAGACGCCAUGAGCUUCUCUCCCAAGUCAGGACUGCGGCCCAGUGUCACCUCGAGGAAGAACGCGCCCACUGCAUGCGGCCCCAAUGGCAAGACGGUUCCACACCCCUGGACGGGCAUCGCACCCAUGAUCCACUUCCUGUUUGCUGAGGUUGGCCGCCUGGUCCGCAAGGAACGCUCCAUGGACCUUGAAUCUUCCAUGGAUCUUCGCCGGCGACAGGAGAACCUGCAAAACGCUGCCUCGUUGGAAGAGGACCUCCUUGCUGUCGACUGCCCCUCGGUUGAUGACGUGAUUGACUAUGGUGACGAACGCACCCCCAAGGAACACUUUGUCACCAUUGCUGAGGCUUACCGCCUUGCCGGCCUGCUAGAGAUCUACCGUGUCUUCCCCUCGAUUCUGCGCAAGCGUCUGGGAUCUGAAAUGUUCAAAGGUACUGACACCGUGGACUUUCAGUUUCCUACGCCGCGCUUUGAGACGCCGUUUGAAGACACCGACAUGAAGCUGUGGCUCAACUCCCUUGCCAUGCACAUCAUCAAAUCUCUAGAGUCGCUGCCUUCGUCGCCUGGCACCUUUUGCAUCCAGCCGUUGAUUCUCGUCGCCGCUGCAUCCGAGCUUCGGUUUGUCUCGUCGGUAGACUUCUUCGACGUCCAUGCCAAUGACUCCAAGGUUGUCUCUGCGCGUGAGUUUGUCAUUAGGCGUCUGCAAGAGUUUGCGCUUAGGCUGCCUAACAAGCCCCUUCGCACAAUGAUCCAGCUUCUCAAGGAGACAUGGCGCCAAUCUGACGAUGGCAAAGAUGUCUUCUGGAUCGAUGUCAUGAACGAGAAGGGCUAUCACACCAUCAUGUGA